CUAAUAUUUAAUCAACGAACGUAUCUACAUGAGAUUGUGUCUUACAAUAAUUAAUCUUACUUAUUUUAGCACCUAAAAGAAGUAAAUAAAAAAGAUAUGAGUCUGUCAAAAUUUGCUAUUUUAAAUAACGUUUACUGGUAGUUAAUAUUUCUUGUGAUUAACAUGGGUGUCAUCUUAUCAACGUUAGGUAUACAGGAACCAAAACUUUCGUUAAGGCCACAAAAAGUGGUCGUCGGAACUAUACAUGGAACUCAAAUAACAUUAGCUUAUGUGCUUAACACUUUUGUAAGCAUUUUUGCUGUAUUGAUGAUCGUUCUCUUGGAGUUUGGUACAAUACCUGCAGUACAACAAGGUUUUUAUUGUGGAGAUCCUCUUAUAUCACAUAAAUAUACCGGUGAUACAAUUACUCCAGUCACAUUGGGAUUAACAGCUCCUCUUCUAGUGAUAGUGAUGGUACUAGUUACAGAACUGCUGGCCCAUCAGUCGAUAAAGCAAAUCAACCUGCAUGCUGUAGCAUUCUACGUUAGUGAAUCUUCAGUAGGCGCGACUUUAACUUUACUGGUUACGUCAAUAGGGAAAGUAUUAGUUGGUGAACACAGGCCCCAUUUUUUGGAUACCUGUGAGCCGGACACUGCGAAGAACUGUUCUAUAGGGACGUUUAUAGAAACUUAUACCUGUACGUCAACAGAAUUUGAACCUUCAUUUUUGGUUGACUCCUCUUUGUCAUUCCCAUCGGGACACUCUUCAAUUGCUUGGUUUAUUGGAAUAUUCUCAGCAUACGUAGUUCACGUAAGAAUGACAACUGUCAACUCUGGUUACAUCAUGCGACCAUUCCUAAUUUCUGUUUGUCUUACCUGGUCCAUGGUGUGCUCAUUGUCCAGAAUCACCGACAGAAGACAUCAUUGGUGGGACGUAUUGGCAGGUAGCGUGCUUGGAAUUGUCUUUGCGGUAUACACGAUAAAAGUGCUGCAUGAAAAAAUUAAAGAAAACAAUGUUCCUAUUUGCAAUAUUUGUUUGGAACGGGAAGUGCCACUUAAUGGAAAUGGUGUUAACACUAAUUUAAGUUUUGAACUCUAAACAAUAAUUAUUUGUUGUUAUUGUAUUUAUUUAUUUAUAUGUAUUUUAGGUAAUACAAUAUUUUACUUUUUUA